CAAACAGCAAGAUCAAUAUCAUUAGAACUGAAACAUUUAAACUUGCUCCUAACAUUGUUCACCUUGAUUUAAGUAAUAAUGACAUUUUUCUGAUUCAGUCAAGAGCAUUUCUUGAUAUGAAAUUCCUAAAAACACUCGAAUUGCACGGGAACAAAAAACUGGCAACAAUUGAGUCGUACAGCUUUAUCGGUUUGAAAUUGUCAAUAUUGGAAAUUAACAAGGCAAAAUUGAAAGUGUUGAAUGCUCAAACAUUUUCCGGAUUAAAUGUCCAAAAUCUUGAUAUAUCUGAGAAUGACAUUGAAUCUAUUAGCGCAUUUGCUUUUGAUAAUUUAAGCGUUGAAUUCUUAAAUGUGAAUAAAAAUCCUAUAAAAGAGUUUAACAGUGAUGUAUUUGUUGGGAUAAAAGAUUUAAAAUCCUUACAAACUCCAUCGUUUAGAUUAUGCUGUAUCAAACCAGUAGAUUUAUCGGAAGAGAACUGCUUACCACACAAAAAUGAAUUUUCUUCCUGCGAAGAUUUGAUGAGGAAUACCACAUUACAAGCUCUUCUCUGGACGAUUUGUAUUUUAUCUAUUGUUGGAAAUAUUCUGUCAAUGCUUUACCGCGUAGUAUUCGACAGUAAAAGACUCAAACUAGGCUAUGGGAUAUUUGUGACGAACUUAUCAGCAGCAGAUUUGUUGAUGGGCAUUUACUUGUUGAUUAUCGCAGUAGCAGACAAAAUGUUUAGAAAUAGAUACAUUGAAGUUGAUGAUUACUGGAGAAAGAGCACGUGGUGUAUGAUUGCAGGCGUGUUGUCUACAAUAUCAUCAGAAAUGAGUGUCGUGCUAAUCUGCUGCAUUACUAUUGACAGAAUACUAGUCAUCAAAUUUCCUCUUGGAACAUUAAGAUUCAAACCAUUUUCUGCUUCAGUUACAGUAGCAGUAUCUUGGUUGUUUGCAUGUAUCAUUGCUUUUAUACCGCUAUCUGGGAUUAAUUAUUUUGGAACGGCUUUCUACGGAAGGUCUCCAGUCUGUCUCGCACUACCCUUGACACGCGAAAAAACACCAGGCUGGCAAUACUCUGUCGUAAUCUUCAUUGGACUAAACUUUAUCCUGUUCUUACUUAUUGCACUAGGCCAGCUUUUGAUCUUCUUGGAGAUUAAGAAACAGUCAAAGCAAAAACGGCGAAUGAAUGUGGCAAGAACAAACGAUUUGACGGUUGCAAGAAAUCUCCUCCUGCUUGUUUUGACGGAUUUCUUGUGUUGGUUUCCAAUCGGUUGUAUGGGAAUUAUGGCGUUAAGAGAUAAAUACGUACCAGAAGAUGUGUAUGCGUGGACAGCAAUUCUUAUUUUGCCAAUUAAUUCGGCUAUGAACCCAUUUCUGUACACAUUUUCUACAAUAUUUGGGAAAAUGAAAUUAAAUCCGGAUGUAGACGAACAAGUACGUGUCGACUUAGGAAAAGAAAUCGCUACGGCGGCAGUUCUUGACACAUUACCGUACUUUAUGGCGAGGAGACUCAAACGUGGAACUCGAAUAAUUUCUCUACAAGAUCAUUUACAUGGGGGGACAAUGACACAAUGGGAGAAACUAUGUGUAGCAUACCAGUUGGCUGAGUGUUUGAGCUGCCUACAUUCUAAUGACCUAGCCUUAAAAAAGAUUACAACGAGCUCGAUAUUGCUUCGCUUGAACUUAUUAACCAACUCUGUUGCUAUGAUACAAUUACAACGACCAACAAGCGGGAAAAGCCGAGUUUCACGUGCAGAGAAUGUGUAUCAGUUCGGUUGUGUUGUUGAACAGCUUUUCUCGUAGUUUUGAUCUAAAAUGUCUUUGAAUAGCCGUAACCUGUCCGUACGCUUGAUUUCUUUUUCCAACA